AUGAACAACCAAUAAGUUCAAAGCCCUUAAAUAUUUAAUACCCAUUAUUUAAGAACAGAUUAUAAGGUAAAUCCUCAACCUUUAGUACUAAAUUUAAAUCAAUCUAGAUAAAGUUCAAAGGCUCUCUCUGUUGAUAGAGGUAAAGGAUUCAUAAAAAAUAGUUUAUAGUCAAACUUAAAUAAGCCAAUUAGAAUGUGGAGCAACUUAUAGAUCUUUGGCAAAGACAUAAAUCUAUUACUUAAAGCACUCCAACUCAUGUAUCAUAAUCUUUUCAUUAUCAUACUACCACAUAGAAAAAUGAAAGCUUUAUUAUAGGUAUAUAUUAAUCUUAUUAACUCAUAGAGGAAAUACCAGAAACUCGAGAAGUAAGCCCAUUGAAACCAGAAGAAAUAUAAAUAAAACCUAGAUAAUUAUUUGAGAUCAAUUAAUCAACAUCUAAGUUGCCUUCAACUCAUUAAUAAAAUUCUAAUCACAAAAAAACAAAUUCUUUGUAUAUUGGUGCUUUAUCAAGUAAAAAGUUAAAUAAUUUAUUAAUAGAAAGUGAUGCUUUUUCAGGAACUAAAAAAGCAGCUAAAGAAAACAUAAAAUUAUCAAAUAAUGGAACAUCAAGCAGUAAAAAAACAUAAUUCAAUUCUUCUUCUAAAAAAUUACCAAAAGAACUUUCAGCUAUAGUUUUAUAAUUACAAUCAGUUUAGAAAUCUUUACUUCCCCUAUAUUAAAAAUAUGAAAAUAAAAAGAAAACAGAGAUUGAUGAAUAAUUUAAUAUUCUAAUCAACCAAAUAAAAAAUGAUUUCACAAAAUGA